AUGCAACAAACACUAUCGAAAGAUCCCAAAAAGUUUUGGACUUUUGUUAAAGAACGUAAAGGUCAAACUUCUGUUCCUGGUACUGUGAAUUUGGCAGACACUACAUUUGAUAAACCUAUGGAUAUUGCCAAUGCUUUUGCUACUUAUUUCAGUUCUGUUUACACGUCAAAAUCUAACCAGUCCAUAGACGGUAAUGACUCACAUAGCAUAAAUCAGUUAAUGAAUAUCAGUGUGAAUGAAGAAGAAAUUAUCAAAUCGAUAAAAAGACUAAAGAACAACCAGGUGGCGGGGAGUGAUAAAAUACCAUCAUUCCUAGUUAAGGACUGUGCCGGAGUAUUUGUUAAACCUCUACUUUACAUUUUCCAAUUGUCAAUUAAGACGUCAACGUAUCCUGAGAUAUGGAAAAACAGCAAA